AUGUCGACCGAUCCUCCCCAGACAACCACACACCCCGAUGUCCCACCGUUCCCGUCUCCCUCGACCUUUUCCAUCCUACCGGACAUUUACCUCCUCCUCGCGCGGCUCAACAUCCUCCAACAACAAGCUGGCACGGCCUCGACGGCAUCCACACCGCCACUCGACCUCAAGGACCUGCCUGCUCAAGUUUACCCGAUCAAGCAGCGUAUAGCCAAGGCCAAAGCGGCCGUGCAGGCGCUGCCGGACGUCGAGAGGACUGUGGAAGAGCAGGAGCGUGAGAUCCGUGAGCUGGAGAGGACAGCUACGUUGCUCAAGAGGAGGAUUGGAAAAUUGGGAAGAAUCGCGGCGGGGAAACACGACGAAAACGAGCUACGAGACGUGGUUAUGAAAGGAGUCGAAGAUUGA